AGAAAAUAACCAAUGCCAUAUACUUGAUUUUUAUACAUGACUCCAUAGUCUUACUGUUUUUUGUCGUCAUGCUAUGUUCGAUAGCUAAUAUCUAAGUAGUUGUUGCUUUUCGAAGUCAGGUCGCUGACUGUGUGCAACGUCAACCUGCCGAUAAGUUCUUGAGAGACAAACUUUGGAGGGAGUCCGUGUCAAUGGCGGCGACAAAUGAUCCAUUUCAGUUUCAGGAAUUUGAUGAAGCUGGCAAUCUGUUGGAAGCGAACAGAGAUGCAACAACCAUCAGCAUGGAGGAUGACGACACUGAGCCCCAGAAGCAAAGGAGUGCUGCAGGUUUCCCUCCUGAUGCUGAUAAUGAGGACCCACUUGACACUGAUGACACCACAGAGCUUCUCUCUGGGCAGAAGAAAAGUGCCCCUUUCUGGACGUUUGAGUACUACCAAAAGUUUUUUGACAUCGAGACCCAUCAUGUGAAGGAGAGAAUCUUUGGAUCUGUGCUGCCAUGGCCUGGAAGGAACUUUAUUCAUGUCUAUCUUCGUAGAAAUCCUGAUCUUUAUGGACCAUUCUGGAUUUGCACUACUUUUGUGUUUGCCGUUGCCAUAAGUGGAAACAUAUCCAGCUUUUUGGUGCACUCAGGGAAGCCAGGCUAUAAGUACACCCCAGAGUUUCAAAAAGUGACCAUCGCAGCAACAGCAAUCUUUAGCUAUGCUUGGUUUGUGCCCCUUGGGCUCUGGAGUUUGCUGCUGUGGAGAAACAACAAGGUCAUGAGCCUGGUGACAUACUCCUUUAUCGAGAUCGUCUGUGUGUAUGGAUAUUCUCUUUCCAUUUACAUCCCUGCAGUGGUCCUAUCGAUUAUCCCAUUUGACUGGGUGAGGUGGUGCUCUAUUGUGGUGGCACUCUGCCUCUCUGGCUCAGUUCUGAUGAUGACGUUCUGGCCUGCAGUCAGGGAAGAUCAUCCCAAAAUGAUCAUUGCAAUCAUGGCGGGCAUUGUGAUGCUCAACGCCCUACUCGCUAUUGGUUGUAAGAUCUACUUUUUUGGCAAACCAAUACAAGCUCCUGCAAUUGAUAGUCCUCCUGCAAACGAGUCCAUCAAGGCGGCGUCUUCUACUUGAAAGCCUUGCAUUGUCUGAAGGUUCUCCAGUUGCCUUAUUAGAGAGAAUCGGGUUGCUCUGGUGAUGAAGUCAUUGCCUUCUGGAUUUCACCUGUGCUUGGACAUUCGGGCGUGCCACCUUAAAACCCAGUGUGUAUUGCUGUGGAAAAACCGCUAUUGGUCCAACUGCAUGACCUCUUGAAAAGAACACUGGUACCAAGUAUGUUAUUUCUAAUGGGAUGGGUUCUAAACUUACUUAAAGACAAAUGGGGUGUUGUAUUACACAGCACACCAGAUCUCUUUUAGUAUGGUAGUUGUACGCUUUAUCGUUCUCAUGUUAAAAUAUUUAGAUCACCAGUCUGUGCAUUAAUGGUAGUGGCAUCAAUGGCAUUUUGUAUAUAAAUUUUUCGUAUACUUACAAUGGGAACUGGUUUGUAUACUUUGUAUAGAAUUUACUGAAUUUACUGUAUGAACUGCACAGCAAUAAUUGUUAUUUGUAAGACAUUUAGGACUUAUUAUGUAUCCAUAGAGCUGUUCUGUUUCCCUCCUUUGUAACCGUAAGUGCCGUGAGUUAAUGCCAAAGACUCAGCUUACAUUUUUAAGAGAUUGUGUAACUAUUGUUGAUAUUUGUUUUUAUUAUGACCAACUGCUUUUCCUUAAAAUGUAUGGAAUUUAUUAAGUCCAUUCUCAGUGAGUGUUUCAUGGAGAAAAAUAAAAAGUGGUUAUUGUUGAAUACA